AUGAGCACUAACAACGAGCCUACAAAUGACACCACUUUUUUUCUCUCUACGGGAUCAGGGAUUUACGCAUACGGUGUCAACUACAAGUACUUACCCGGAGAUAAGGUCUAUCUCGUCAAUGCUGGAGGAAAGACAGGGCCCUACAAGGUAGAACUUGUCGACGGCGGGAAAUACGUUUUAUGCGAUGAUAAUGGCGUCACUGCAAAUGGUGGCCAGUCGUAUCUGGAAGAUAAGCUUGAGCUGUAUGGUCCUUUUGCCUAA